AUGACCACAUUCAACAGGCAGACACUUCUACCCUGUGACAAGGUGCUCAGUAUCCAGGAACUACUCGAGUCGAUACUACUCUACCUGGACUUUGAUGACCCCACCUAUUCGAGACUUUUAGCAACCGUCUGUCAACGUUGGUACAGGUAUAAACUAAUCUCUGUCAAGAGCACUAUACUGUCUUUGAACCUCGUUGAGUUGGUCCUCAUAUGUGGAAUUGACACAUUACACCUGACGCUGGACCAACACUCCGUCUCUGUCCCCUAUGACCAGCUGGACGAGACAUUUAUCCGGACGCAAGACCGUCUGACAACGGUCUCGAUCAAACUCGACGCCUCGCUUCUCAAUGUCUCGAUCCUCUGGACCCUGUCUCGGUUACCCCAUCUCGCCCAUCUGUGUCUUCAGGUUUACGGGAUUGUCGAUAUGGCGGCACUCCAUGCAGAGAUCCUUGGUUGUUGUCCGGCGCUGCAAUCUCUCAAACUGGAUCGAUGGAAACCGAGUGCACCUCUGCCUCUGUUCAGGAGGUUAAAAACCAACGUUCAAAGAACAUUGGCGCCAAAGGCUCAACGAUCACCCACGACUGUUCAAGAAGCAAUUGGACGAAACGAGAUCACGCCUAACAGACAAACAUUGACGUUAUCAGUUGUGCAACCGCAGCAACAUCAGCCAUCUACUCUGGAACAAGGCACCAACACCAAUAUCCGUCGACUCGACCUCUGUGGCCUCUCUGGCGACAUACCCGUGUUCAUUCAGCUCAUCAUGAGCUGCUCACAACUGGACGAGCUUUGCCUGCGGGAUGGACUGACUGCACUAGAUCCUCCCUCCUGGGCGGCCCUCUCAUCCCGUUGCCCUACGCUUCGGAUCCUUCGGCUGACUGGUCUAAAAUCAAGUCUUCUCAUCGGCAACAGCCUACUUCUCAUCACACAUUUCCCUCAACUCGAGUCGCUCAUUGCUGCGAUGCCGGCGCUGGAGUACUUUCAUUUGGAGGAUGGGUCGAUCAGCGAGGGGUCAUUGGAUGCGUUGAAGGACGGGUUCCCGAAGCAGUUCAAGCCCAUCCCGAAGGAAAGGUUAGCGUGGAUCGAAACUAUUCACGGCUACAAUUAA